UCGUAACGGAGAGUAACGUAAAUAUUAGCAAAGUGUUGUGUGUGCGCAGUGUUUGAACUGAUGAAUUUAUUUAAUAGAAUUCAACGUAAUACCUAAAUAAAUGCAGUAAAUUACUCUACAUUUUGUUACAAAGCUUACUAUUAAAAAGUUUAAAAUGAAUGACACUGGAAAGUUAGAAGAACAAAUAAAAAAUGCGAUGCAAAAGUGGUUUAACGUGAGCCGGUGCUCGACGCGUUAUCAAAACAAACAGUUGGCGGAAUGUGGUGACAUUGUGGUCAAAUUCGUUCAUCCAACGCAAAAGCAUGAUGCUGCCGAUUUCGAUACACAAUCAUUGGUGGAUGAAACCAUUGAAUGGGUCUUACCGAUGGAAAGGAUAAAAGUAUUUGAUUCAUCCGCAGCAUUGUAUGUUAAACGGGAAUAUGUGUUUCAUUGUUUCAUUAUGAAAUGUCUUGAAGGCCAACUUUUCUGUGAUAAUGAAUCGCAAAAAGAAAUAUACCUAACAUCCGAUGUUGAUGAAACCUGUUCAGAUAAAUUCAAUAUGACAAAGUUCAGGCUUUCAGUCAUCCAUAAAGUUGUUAGAAAUUUAUUAGAAUUUGGGGGAUUCGUGGUUUCGAAUCGUCCAACGGAAGGACAUUCAUUGGCAAUCCACUUAACCAGAAAUCGUCGUAAGGAGAGCACUGGAAUUGAACUCCUGUGUGGGCCCAUAACGUCACAUGAUAUUAACGCAACGGAUUACGUGAAGAAACGAGCCAACGACAUGCAGUUGAUUGCUCAGCACAAGUAUGGCAUACGGGUAAGGAAUCAUCAGCGCUUUCAAGAAACGAUUGCAAGCUUGGGCCGAUCGGCGGCUAUCGUCGAUAUGCUGGAAUCCAAAGCGUCCAGUCCCAUCGACAUGAGGAAGGAGAAAAACCAGUCCAGUAAAGGUGCAGCGUUUAUUUUGUACAAUUACGCUAGACUAUCGGUUCUAUUUAGAACAUUCGAAGAAAAGCAGAAAACUGGCUAUUACCCUGAACUGCCUUCGAUAGGAAACGUUGAUUUCAGUCUACUCAAAGAAGAGGACGAAUGGCACCUAUUCUGGGUUUACGUGGUGGGUUUUCCCGACCUUAUAAAACAAGCUCUCGGUGAUGGACAGUUGGCACGGAUGUCCCCACAUUUGGUGCUGAACUUCACAUCGAGUUUAGUUAUUUGUCUGAGCAAAUACUACCGGCGUGUGCGGAUAUUGACGGAAAAUCGUGACCAUCUACUGUCCACCAUGUUUGCAAGGAUUUAUUUGUUAAAAUCAGUAUAUUAUGUUUUGUCUACAUUGUUGAAGAUUUUGAAUCUUGAAGCUGUGACUCAAAUGUAAAUCUAUUUGUUA